GUAUCAACCUUGUUUGUGACUUUAACGCGAGGAAGUGCAAGACCACUUGUGCCGUGUGCGGAAUUGUCGCAAAAUUGUGAUAAAAUAACGCAUUUCCGACGCAAGCAGUACUUUAGUUCCGUUCGUUCUCUAUGCCCGCCAUAGACCGUCAUCAUGGAGAAAAUUGAAGACGACAAGGGCCGCAAAUCGCCGCCGGAGAAAAGUUCGAAGAAGAAAAGUGACCGAAAGUCACGCUCCCGUACCCGGAGCCGCAGUACCAGCCGUACGGACAAGCGGCGCAGCCAUUCGAGAAGCCCGAGCUAUCGCCGGCGACAUGGCGGAGGUAGCUCUUCGAACAGAAAGCGUUCCCGCAGUCCACCGAUGUAUCGCCCGAGGCGCCGAUCGCCCCCACCCAUGCGUCGGCACGGGCAUGGACGGCGGCGUAGCCGUUCGCCGGGCAUGAAUGCGAGGGGAGGAGUUGGUGGUGGUGGUGGUGGAAUGCAGAUGGGCAUGAUGGUCGGUAAUCCGGCCGGGGAUCAGUACAUGAUGCAAGGAACGAUGUACGAUCCUUCCUUCUACGGGGGAUAUUCUAACAACGGUGGCUACAUGGGCGGAUACGGUGGGUACGAUUAUGGAAUGGUUUCCGGAGGGUACGGCACCGCAACGAUGAUGGAUCCAUCGCAGGGAAUGAUGAUGGGUGGUGGCGUACCAACCGAAUGGGAUCAUGCUCCCGUUCCACCGGUUGUCCAGGAAACGGAGGAGGAAAAACGCAAACGCGAAGCGGCAGUAACGCUAGAGCUAUUAAAUCAACGAGCGGCAAUGAAAAAGCAACGCGACGAUUACAAACAGCGGGCCGGUGCGCUGAAGCGUGAACUGAAAACGCUGAAAGAGCAACGGUCGGAUCUUUGCUCCGGGAGGGAACCGCCAUCACCGACGACGAACGGGUUUAUCAAUGAAAAUGACAAAUUGCAGUCGCAAAUACAGGACAAGAUCAAAACGAUCGAAAAUGUGAUCGAUAUGCUGGAUGGUAUCAUAGCGAAGGAUAGGACACCGUCGCCACCGCCCGGUAUGCUGUUACCCGGCACCCUGGCACCGCUUCACACCAUUCCGGAAACGUCGCCCACCGGUGGAGCGCGCGAGGGUGAGGCCGGAGAUGCGAAUCGUCGCGCGUACCGCAAUCCAUCGCACUCGCCCCGUGCCGAUGGUGGCAGCACGCAGAAUCGUGCCCGGUCGGAGUCACCAUCUCCCGAGCGGUUGAAGAAUGAAGUCUUGGAGAGUAUGCAAGCCCGGGGAAAGCGCAAAACAUCAGAAAGACCAACUGAUCAUUCCGAUGGCAGGAAGAAGAAACCUCCCUACAAUUACGUGCACUUCGAUCCGGAGCUGCACUGGUGCACCAGCUGCAACGUGUUUCCGAAAACGGCCAAAGAGUAUCUGGCCCACUUGCACUCGGAGCAGCACCAAACCCGGACGCUCAUUGACGAAGGCUCGAGCGAAGAGCAGAAGCUGGAGGUAGCACCGUGGCGGACCAAGCUGGACAAAGACGACACAAUGACCAAUCCCGAUGCGCCGUCCAAAAGGGUACCGAUACGUGGGUUAGAAUUUUUCGUUCCAGCGACGGCCUGGUACUGCAAGCUGUGCCACUACUGGAUGGGGGAUCUCCACUGCGCUUCUUGGCAUCUGAAGUCACAAAGCCAUGCUGAUGCGUACAGCAAACAUAUCAGCGGCCAUAAGAACUAUGAAAUGAACUGGAUGGCGGAUCGGCAAACAGCGCUCGAAGAGUACGGCCAAUCGAACCAAGAUGGAGACAUUCCUGCACCACCGCCACCACCCACUGCCGAAGAGUUGCGGCAUGCUGCUUCUGGCACACCAUCGACCACCGGUAGCGCGUUACAGGGAUCCUCCUCGUUCCACAUUUUACCCAAAAGUUCCAACCAGGAGCACGGCAGCUCAUCGUGCGAUCUGGCCGCCAAGUCCGAUCCACAAGCAGCAGCGGCAAGUGCAGGCACUUCGAAAAAGGCCAAGAAAAAGAAGUCUCGCAAAGAGGAGCGAAAGGAAAGGAAGAAAAAGAAGCGCACAAAGAAGCGGAAGCGUGCGGCUGCUUCGUCCAGUUCCUCCUCGUCGUCGAGCAGCAGCUCCGAGUCGUCCGAUUCGGAAUCCGACACCGGCUCGGACGAUGGCAGCAAGGGAAGCGCAAAGGAUGAAAAUCCGAUCCACACGGCUGUGCGUAACAUUUUGAACGCGAAGGAAGUGAAUGCGAGGGAAGUGAUGGCGGCGGCAGCUGUCGCUGCAGCAGCAGCCGCUGCUUCCAAGCAUGGCGCUAACGAUAACGGUUCGGGUCCUGCCGGUGGAGGAAAGGGCGAGCCAAACUUAGGCAAAUGGACGGUUGUUCAUCCGGCACAGGAAAGAAAGCUGGCUUCGAUACAUUCGAUACCACCGCCAAAGCCAACAGCGAACUUCCCAAACACAGCGACCAAUUCCUCCACCAUGGACGGGGACGAUAAGAAGCGCAAUGCGGCACGCGACGACGAACGAGACCGGGACCGUGAGAAGGAUCGUGACCGGGGGGAUCGCGACAGAGAUCGACGUAGCGUCGAUCGCCGGGACCGUUGGGAUCGACGGGACAGCCCGGAACGGUACGGUGGACGGGAUCGUGAUCGCGGACGGCGGUAUGACUAUCGUGACUAUCGUGAUCGUCGCGAUCGACGCCGUAGUCGAUCGAGGGGACGUAGAAGCCGCAGUGGAAGCGGUCCAGGACGUAGAUUCCGCCGGCGUUCGUACUCUCGCUCGCGUUCUCGAUCGCGCAGCCGGUCCCGAUCGAGCCGGGGAAGUCAUCGCGUUAUCGAAAAGCCAGUGGUCAACUUUCCCCCUCAGCCGAAACCGGUUAAGGUGGACAAGAAAGGAUCGAAAGCACCCGGUAAAGCGUUUGGCGGCCGUUCGGAGGAAGGGUCGACGAGCAAAAAGAGCAAAUCUUCAUCGUGCGGAACUGUCAAAGAGAACAACAGCGUGCUACCGAAGAAGCUUCCGUUCAUUGGACGAAUGCCGGUGUUUAAGAAGCAGCAGGCCGAAAAUGCUAGAAAAGAAGAAGCGGCAGCAGCAGCGGCUGCCGCUGUUCCAAGCGCGGAAGAAAGCAACGAUGGCGUUGUGGCGGAGCGACCCGAGGAAUUGGCUUCGACGGACGCGAAUGAUGCAGCCCGCACCCAAAUGGCCACCGGUGGUGAGGCUAGUGAAUCUGCCGCGAUAGCUUUGACGAUGAUGCCGGGUCAGGAGGCUGGCGUGUAUGAUUCCCAAGCAGUGCAAGGAGCAGAAGCCUAUCAGUACGCGGAGCAAGACAUGGGGGAAACAGUGAUACCUCAAGACAUGGAUGUGGCAAGUGCGGAAGAACAAAUCGGAGAGGACAAUGUGGUCAGUCAGGAGGAAACCAAUACCGAGCCAAACCUCGACAGCACCGAACAGCAGGACGCGUACGUCACAGCCGAUGGGCAAGUGCCGCUGCCGAAAGAUUUUCAGGAAGCGCUCGACAUCAUUUACGACGGUGGCGAUAAACCGAAGCGAGCGGAUGUGAUUGCAAAGGAAGCGGCGGCUGCAGCAGCGGCCGCGGCCGCAGCAGCAGCCGCCAAAGCCGAAAUAGUGCCUGACCCGCACGAGCAAGGAUCGCUUAUGCCGGGCAUGGGCGUACCGAUGAUGAUGGAUCACGAUCAGCCGCACAUGAUUGUGCCGGAAGCGAUCGAUAUGUAUAACCAGCAGUACGCACUCGAGUACGGGAUGCAUUCGGCGGCGUACAUGGCAGCAGCAGCUGGCGCAGCCGCGGUGCAUGGUAUGAUGGGCAUGGGUCACGGCGUCGUACCGACGGAAAUGCAUUACGUAGAGGACGAAUCGCAGAACCAACCGCUCGACAAUAUGAUGUACGGCGCAAUGCAUACGGCCUCGGGUGCGGCGGCAAUGAUGCACCACCAUCACCAGCAAAUGUUGGCCGCCGGUGCACUCGAUCCAAAUGCUGCGGCGUACGCGAUGGCAAUGGUUGCCGGUGGUGGAUACACGCCGGAAAUGAUGGCCAUGCACCAUCAGGCGUCGGUAGGCGUUACGGAUGGUGGUGUAAUGAUGGAGCAGACGGCAUCGGACGCUGCGUUGAGCGAGGUUUAUCCUUCGGAAAGUACAACACAAGCGGCAGAAAGUGAAACGGCUCUAGCUGACACAGAGGAAGCUGAAGCAAGCGGUAGGAAAGUAGAGGAACCUCCUGCUGACACUCCUAAUGACGAAGAAAAGCCGUCAGAAGUAGUGGAGGAAAACGAAGCUGCAGAUGACAAUGUGGCUGAAGAAUCAGAAAUGAUAAGCGACCGGAACAACGAACAGGUUGAGGGAGUAGCAGAAGGAGAUGCAGUAGAAGAGGCAACUUUCUACUCGGAUCACGAGCAGCAGCAGCAGCACUUGGUAAAUGAAGAAUCUGUUGAAGGAGAAGAUCAAGCGGUGGAAGAAAUCACCUACGAGCAGCAUGUUGUUGAUGAAGAAUCAGCCGAGGCAGAGCAGGCAGUAGAAGGAAUCUUCUCCUACACGGAACACGAACAGCACCACAGCGUAGAAGACGCGUCGGUGUACGAUAACGACGCAGAACAAGUUGUCGACAUGCCUGUCGAGGAACAGUACGUUGAAGAUUCGAUGCCAUCGAACGCGGAUCAGUACGAGCAACCGGCAUCGGAAGAGAAUUGUGAAGAAGAGGCACAGUCGUCGAACGAACCGUUCGAACAAGCUACCUCGGAAGAGGACGAUGGCGAACAGCGGGUGUUAGCAUCCUCAAGGGGGGUUGUUCAGUACGAGCAAACCGAUCCAAUGGAAUCGACGCAAUCCUUGCUGGAUAGCAUGAUGGCCGCUGCUAUGGGCAACUACGUUGAAGAGGAAGUGGUCGAAGAACAUUCACAGGAUUCUUAAUAAUAGACGAAUGGCAGGAGUCUCUUUUUUUAAACUUCAAACACAUAACGUUCAGUACACUUGUUUCUAUGGUUUAAUUGCAGCUGCAGCAGGGCCAUUAUAAACGAUUCUCCGCUAUGAUAUAGCGACGUCCUAGAUGAGUUCUCUGCCGUGUAUUGAACCUGCUAGAUCAGCCGAAUAGUCACGGCUCGGUCGUGCUAGGCCGAACGUUUCUUUUUUUGUAAAAUUUCACACUUAUGAUAACAAUUUUAUUACAUCAAGAUUUAAUGAAUGCCUAAAAUACAUCUGGUCAGGCUAUUUUAACUCCUGUGUCUUUACGUACAAUUUAAAACGGCAUCGCGUAGCUGUAUGUGGUGGUGUACAUGGAAGUAAAUAAAUAAAUGAUAAACAAAAGUACAAUAAA